UUAGUCUUUCCAAGUGACAGCUGUGGUGGACAUGAGGUCCCUGCUGGCUCUAACUGUAUUGCUGGGUGCUGUACUGAGCAACACCACUGUUAAUCAGAUAUCAAACUUACCAGGAACAGAUGUUUCCUUCCCCUGUACUGCCAAAGGCCCUUCGGUGAAUUGGCUAUGGAUUCCAAAAUACCACAGAUGUGCCGGAUUUCAAGGAUCACUGAAAGUAAGCUACAGUAUUGGUCAGACUGGAAUUCAUAAAAAGGAAGUUGAGGUCUUUAAGAACCGAUUGGAAGUGAUCAGUGAUACCAAGACAGGGACAAACUCUCUGGUGCUUAAAGGCGUGGUGGCAAGUGAUUCAGGGUACUUCACCUGCUGUGAUCAAAGUGGAGGAAGGGAGGCCUAUAAUCUUGAGGUGAAAGUAGGUUGCUAUAAAAACAUUAAAAUCUCCAUUUCCAAAUUGCCUAGGCUGGGAGGCCAGGUUACUCUGUAUUGCUCUUUCUGUAUUCUUCAUCCGCCAAUUAAAAAUACUACCUUUGCUUGGACCUUCAAUGGAAAACCCAUCAGUUACACUCCAGAAGUUAUUGAAGGGAAAAAAUCGCUGACUAUAUCACAGGUGAGAGACAUCCAUGCAGGUAAAUGGGGCUGCCAGUCUGUGAAAGACCCAUCUCAAUACUCAGAGUACUGUCUAGACUUGAGAUCCCAGACCAGACAAAAGGACAAGGGGCAACAGAUUACAUCGCAGGAUACCUGCACCCCCUCGCCAACAGAAAAAGUUGUAUCAGACGAACCAGCACAAGGAGAAGCUGGUGGUUGGAAUGGUUCCUUGGUGCUAGUGGUUGUUAUUGUGCCAUUAAUAGCUACAGCAGUGCUGUUGACUGCUGGAGUAUGGUUCUGCAGAAGAAAGAAAUCACUGAGGAUGAAGCAAAGGAAAAAUGCCCGCCCCUCAUGUUCUGGUUCUCCCACCCUGUCAGCAGACCCCUCUGAAUCAGCUACACACUCCAUCUGUUCCACCACCCUCUCUGGAGAGACUUCACAAGCAAUGACAGACACUGCACAGGUCUUGAAGGAUGAAAUUCAGUAUGCCUCCCUCGAUCAAUCACAGCUAAGAAGUAAGCAGACAAGACCUACAGCUGGUAGUAAGGUGCAGUAUGUCUCUAUUGCUCAUCUCCAUCCAACCAGAAACCAUCUUCCUGCUUCUGAAGACUGUGUCCUGUAUUCUACUGUUUGGGGAGAUUUAGGACCAUCUGCUGGACGCAGACUGUAUUGAUGUAAAUUUUUGUUUUUGGACAAUGUGAUUUGUGUAAAUUGGUUGUCCAUCGCAUGAUAUACCAUUCUCAGCCAUUUAUCGUACUUACCACGUGCUCUUACUGGACAUUACUCAUAUAGGCAAUUUUUUUAGUCGAACUCGCUCUUAAGUGUAAUGUUUGUCUCUAUUUGAACUUGAUCUUCUUGUACUUUACAACUGCUCUCAUCUUUAAUGUGAUAUUCUAUAAUGGAUUAUUUGCAAUCAUAUCAAUUGUAAUGUGAUCAUUUGUACUGUGAUACUGUAACAAAUGUAAGUCACCCUGGAUAAGG